CGACCAAGCCCUGUGUUUCUUUUCUCGUUCCCUGGCCGUUCGGCGCCGGGAAGGAGAAGGGUCUUCGCUUCGAUCGGUGGCCAUCGGAGGAGGAGGAGGAGAUGAAGCUGUCGUCGAGGUGCCCGCGGAUGGUCGUUCCGCCAUCAUCCGCCACCUCUGCUCCUUUCCGAGGACGCCGCCGACCACGCACUAGUAUCGUGCUUUCUUUCCCUUUUGUGUUCCCCCUUUUAUGAUCAGCGUUGUUAAUGCUCUUCUUCGUUUUGCCGGCUCUUGCGGGCCGACGACCGUUGUUUCCAUAUAGGGUUGGAAAAGGGUUAAGUGGAUCGAAUGAGGGAGAGAAUCCUUUUCGAUUGCUCCGGGGAAGUAGAUGUCCGCUGGAUAAGUUAUUGGAUUCUAACCGAGAAUGGCGAUUCUUGCAAUCGGUCAUGAUCUAACACGAUCACAUUCAGUUGUUCAUUCCAUAGUAAAGAAGAUGUUACUCAGUUGCUGCGAAAAACUUGAGGCUGCAAUUAUUUAUAUAUAGGUAGAUCAUGCCGUGAUUUGCUUUUGGAUUUUUAAUGCAUCUAGUUCUUUGUGAAACCUACAAGGUAAGAGUCGAGUCUGAGAAAAGUGAUGCAUUAAUGAGCACAUUACAUACAAGAGAUUCUAAUGCAAUGGUACCUUGCUCACGCAGCAUUUUUUCUUUUCCUUUAUGUGCCUCAGCAUCUGUUGCUAGAUAUGACUUGCAUCAUUGCCUUGCCUGACACAUCAUACCUUGAUCUUUUGUAAUCUGUUUGUAGUUAUACUGGACUAUUCUUUUAGAGUUAUCUUUACCUUUGAUGUGUAAACGUUUGACAUUGACAAACUCACCAAUCGGAUUCUUCAACACCAACCAUCAGAUGCCUAGUUUCCAUUGCAAUAACCUCAAUCCAGCCAAUGAUAAUUUUAACUUUCCAUAUGGUUCAUUGUGCUUGAAAUGGGUAAAAUCAUAAAUUAGCUCUUCUUCAUUUGGAGAACUACUAAAUGGUGCUUGUAUUUGACUAUAAAACUCUCAAAGGGAAGCUAGUUAUAGUCUUGAUUUUAGAUUUGCCAGAAUCAACUUUACUAACUUUAUGGGCAUUGUUUCUUCAGAGUGCAUAGGAAGCUGAUGUAGAAAAAUGAAUAUGCCAUGUAAAUUGGGUCUUGAACUUUGGUAAUGAUAAAAAGUGAAUUAUGUAAAAAUCAAUACUCACUCAUUCCAUCACUGAUUUAGUUGAACGGUUGUGGUCAGUAUUACUUGAACGACUUUUUAUAUCUUUUAGGCAUGGAUUGAAAAAUACAUCAUUCCUGAGGGGUAGAUAUUGAAAUCUGCAUGAACAUUGUAGCCUUCCUGCAUUCAACAUCCUUUAUACAUCUUGCCAAUUACCUUUAAGGCAUAGAAAUAUAUGCGUUUAGAUGGACAUCUACUAUGAGUGGGAUUCUUAUGCUUUUUCUGCAUAAGAAAAAUUGUAUCGAUACUUAUCUAUUCAACUACAUCAAUGAUGUUCUCUCGGGAAUGCUAUUAGCAAACUAUUUUGAUGGUAUUUGUUUUCUACGUACUUCCAACUUUAGAAAUUUGCAUCAGUUCUAGCCUUCCUGAACGCUUGUGUGUGCUUUAGAUAAUGUUAUUUUAAUUUACAAAAUGAGUUUGUUUUGUCAUAUCAGGGAUAUUCUCCAUGAACCUAUAAAGCAUGGAUCAAGGAUUUGACACGAUAAGUGCCACCAAUAAAUCUAGAAGCAAAAGAAAAUUCAUUUUUUUUAAAUAUUUAAUAUGGGGAAGCUUAAUUUUUGUUUACAUUACUACAGAAUCAAAAACCAUAAAACUUGACAAAUGGGAACAGCUGACAAACAAGGAUCCCUAGUUAUUCAUGAAGAGGAGUCUAUUUCUACAACAAGAUGCUAUGCAAUUUAGAAAUAGUCUUCAACUAGGCAAUAUAUCCUUUUGGUAGGCCACUAUCUUAAUUAGGAUGAGGUUCCAUAGUCAUGUUAUUGGGAGAGGCCUGCACCUUUGGUUUAACAUAUGGGUAAAUUGUUCAUAAUUUCUGUAGAAGUGAUAGUUUUUACACCUAGAACUGCUUCAAGGAGACGAAGAAUGUACAAAGGACAUAGAUGCACCUUUUUGUGGAAGUGCAUGAUCCAGUGCUUAGUAUGACAGCAAUAUCUUUUUGAUGGAAUCCGGGUGAAAAGAACCUACCAAUAACUUCAAAAUAUUUGAAACGAACAUAGAUAAGAUGAUGGGGAAGAAAAUCAAAGAGCACAUUAACAAGAGCAGUAUAAGAACAUAAGAUUUUUUAUGUCACUUAAGGAUGAAGUAUUAGUGAAAAAGGAGGCCUUCUGAUGAGUACUAGCGAGUAUCACAUGUUUAUGUAUAGUUCACAUGCUUAUAAGAUGUUUAUAAGCAAAACAACUGCAAGCAUUAAAGGAAUUGAAGGUUUCUUAUAUAAGGUGGGAUCUGGCAUCACAUUGAUACAUCAUUUUUUCAUAGCUUAUAGUUUCCAUAAUUCUUUUCCUAAUAGAUCACCUUCUAGGCAAGCCUGACUAUCAUUUUGCUUCCUUGAUUGCUUGCUUUGUGCAUAGGAUUAGCUAUUGAUUCGGUUAGGCAAAGUUGAGAUUAGGUAUUGUAGGCUACAGCUGCUAUUGGUUCAGUCAGGUAGAGUUGAGAUUUGGUAGGGUAGCCUACAACUGUUUGAACUUGACUUGGGUGCGUUCCAUACAACAAACUAGGUCAAGCUGGUCAGUUAUGGUUGGCUAGGUUAUGGAACACCAUGCAUAUGCUAUAAUGUGGCAGAUAGAUUUAAAAUCUGGUUUGCAUAGUAUGGGCUUGCGAUCAUUGGCAUUGUUACUUUCUAGUAACUAGUUUUUGAUAGCUGUGUUUCUGAUAACUUUUCGAGCAUUUUCAUGGCUCUAAUCAUAUAUCCUAUUCCUUUCAUGAUGAGCAGUGCAAUGAAUUCUUCUCAUUUGAUUUCUGACAUGAAAAUCAACAAUAUACAAGUGUUUACUUUUAUUUGACAUUUCUUUGGUCACACAUGGUCAAUUUUGGGCACACUGUCAGUAUGGUCGGCCACAGGAUUUUUUCAGAAACAAAAGGGAAUUCUUGGUCUGUUGCUAAUUUGAAUUUUGCUGUUCUGCUCCACAGCAUUGUUGUCAUAUUUCUGGCAUUUCAUUUUCAAACUUUGAGGUACAUUGUUCUUUAUUUUUUGUUUGUAUAUAAUGUGAUGAAUAUCUAUGUCAACACUGUAAUCAAUGAUUGCUAUGACAUUACUGGUCAUGUAUGCAUUAGCAGGUCAGACAUUUUUAGGGAAUGUCGAUAUGCUAGCUUCGAGCCUGUGAGCUUAACUGUGUAUGAUCACCAUGGACUGUGCAAUGGUGCAGUCACAUAUGUGCUAAAUCUGUAUAUUUUACCAGAUAAAUCUAGGCUUUGCUGUGGCAAAUCUGGAAUCAUCUUGUUUGCAAGUAGGGGUUGAUUCUGACUUUGAAGGUGUUGACCAUGAUGAAAUAUUAUGGCCGUAGCGAGUUCUUUUUCCCAUCUUUGAGAAGGCAAUGAAAUCGAUUCUUUAUCAGGAUAUUAAAGAAAGAUCCUCACAUUCAAGAAGUGGUUAUUGCUUGAAUGGUUAGGACCGAGAAAGAUUGUGCCUCAGUUUCUGCUCCUAUGGAUAUAGAAGUUUAGACAUUAAGUGAUAAGAUAUUUUUUCUUUGUUUUAAUGAAUCUGAACACAGUUCUUUUCUUGGUAGAAAAGCCAGGGGUUGGAACUUUGGAGCUUAUCAAGAGAAAUACUGCAUCUGUUUUUGUUAAAAUUUGCAUAAAUGGAUGUGAUGCCAAGCUUAUCAAGAGAAAUUCUGCAUCUUUUGGUGUUAAAAUGGACCUUGAAGGAAUUCAUGCCUGCUAAUGUGCAUCAGACCGUUGGAGUAUCACCUAGUUUGCUCAUGGUAACGUCAACAUACUCUUCAUGCUCCUUGGCUACUAUUGGGCAUUUCAGAAUCAGACGGUCUUAUAUGAGAUAAUGUUGCUGGCCCAGUUUAAGCUAUGAUGUUGGCGCAAACUCGAUCUCCUCUCAAUCAAGUAAAAUUAUUGUGGUAGUGUCUUUUACAGGUAAUGAGAAUUCCACAUGGGCCUUUUGAAUAUAUUCCUUAAUUCCUAGGAAAUGUCAUUUUUCUUUUCUUAGUUUUUACCUGCUCUUGCAAUUUUGUCACUGAAGGAAUAUUGAGUAGUCGACGGUUGCAUGUCUAGCCUGGUAUUAUUUUCAAACUUACAUGUACUUGUGGUCCUUUACAUUGCGGGCUGGCAUCUUCUGUCGUCUACAAUCUUAAAACAGUACUGAAAAUAGAAAACAUUUACAAUGUGGUUUCAGAUAUGGUCCCAUAAGCUUGUUCAUCAUAUCAUUGCCGCUAAGAGAUAUGGAAUUUAAGUUUAGGUUCACGUGAUAAUUUCCUGAUUUGAUUUCAGAUUAUGUUUUACCAAAGGAAGUCUAUCGAAGCUGCUUUGGACGCUUGCAGAUAUUAGUCGCAUUGGCAAGGAGAAAGGGCAACGACUGCUCAACUCGAGGUGGAGCACAAAGCACCAACGACAGAUAGAAACACUUUGAGAUCGUCAUCAAGCCUUUCGUUUACGCCAUCCCCAGGGGCCAGCCUUUCAUCAUCAUUUGCCACCACAGAGUGCUUUCAGAUCCAAUCUGUUGACAGCCAGGUAAAAGUACUGCAGAGAUCCUCUUCUCCCUUCCACAACCAAGAACUUCUCCCUCGGUCCGCCGUACCACUUUCUUCUCAAACCUGAGUGCUCGACAACAUGGUGGCAACAUACCCCUCUUUGACUUCAUCAGCACAGUAAGAAGUUGGUCCCCUCCUUGGGCCACUGCUUCAUUAUUAGUCCAAAGGACUGUCCUUCCCCUUCUUUUAUCAUCAACUUCAUACAGAGACUCUUUCAAAUUAAACUGGUCCCAUGCUAAAAAGAAGGCAAUGAGAUCUCCUCUUAGAUCUUGAGUCCUUGUCUGUGGUGCUGGUGGAUUCUUUGCUAGAUUGCAUGCUGGUGUGGGUCGAGUUCUAAGAGGGAGCACGGUGGGGGACGAUUACUUGGUGGCAAAGGCGUGGUAGAUGUAGUGUUAGCAGUUCAGAGUGGGUGGCGGUGGUGGUGGUGGUGACCUCAACAAAGACUUGGAGAGUUAGAGUGGAUCUUUCGGCUUCUAGGAUCCAAUAAUGGAACCACUUUUUUAAACGAGUGCGUGGGUGAUGUUUCUUGUCUGGUUGCGUUUAGCACAUGUAUUUGCAAUUUUCCACCAUGCAAACUAGAUUUAUGCUGGUUGAGACCAAACUAGGGAAAGAUAUGGUUGCUAUUGUAAAACCUAAAUCGUUAUCAUCUUCACUAGUGUAGUAACCAGGUCUACACAACCCCACAGGGCAUAUUUCCACGUGUGUUACGUGGUCUUUGAUGGAAAAGUCAAAAGGAUCAGUGACCGGCGUAGCCUUUAGGACGAAAAUUUUGUGGCAUAUGAUGUAUGGUGGAAGGAUACAUCGGCGAGGGAUUUGAGGCCUUAAUGUGGCGCGGUGUCUUGAGCAUGUCGAUGGGCGCGAGCAACGAUGCGUCGGUCUCACUCCGAGACCCUUGCCGUGGUCCAACCCAUCGACGCAUGUCUGCCAUUGUAUCCGAUCCUGAUUUGAGCACGAUUUUCGGCUUACGGUCUAUAAUCUGACGCGAAUUCAUUUUUGUGUCACUGAUCAACAUCAUCCCAGAUGUUGCUACGGUCAAAAUAGGGCUGUAGGAGUGUCGGAAGCUGAUAUAGCCUCAUUGUGUGUAGAGGAAUCAGUUUUUGUAAUCCUCGAGCUAUCUUCAUGCUGUCAUAAAGAUAAAUGAACGUGGAAGCCAGCAAGGUUUCCCAUAAGAUAAAAUCAGUUUUAGAUCAUGGAAGAAUUCAAAGGUCUCGUGGAACCAGUUUGCUGAUCAUCAAUUGUUCUCAUCUUGUCGUUCAUCUCAUCGAAGAAGCUGAUUGUUUCUAAUCGAUUGGAAUGUGAGUUACUUGAGCUACUGCCUCUCAUCCAUGUGUGAGGGCCAUUCUCCCUUCCAUGCCUUCAACCUACCUUUUUCUGUGUCUAUUUUGCCGGAUCUUAUGCUCCCACCAUGUAGUGACCCCCUUUCUCGCCACGUUUAGCGUGGUGCAGAAGAGGGGAGAAACAAGAAAAGGCCAUAACACUGGAGAAGCCUUGGCCAUGUCCCAAGCUUGAUUACAUCAGAAAAUUAAUAUCUCCUACCCUUUGCGCUCUCUCUCUCUCUCUCUAGUUCGAACUACGUGGUUCGAACUAGUUCGUCGUCACCAUUGGAAGGGAAUGUUGUACGAGAUGUAACUAUCCAAACUGCGUCACUUGGGUUCCAAAGAGUGGCAUCUAUUCGGUUGCAGUGUUUGCGGCUUAGAUAAAAAGUGUGACCGGAGUUAAUUAAUUGGAGUGGGAAAAAGGAGUGACUGAUAGAUUAUUUGGAAUGGAAGGAUGACAACAAUCCCUGGUUCACCAUUGACUUGCCUUCCUUGCUUUUAAGGAACUAUACUAGAUAAAUAACCAGAAUAAACACCACCCGGCCAAUUGAUUUAUCAAGGGAACGAGAGAAUGCAAGUAGUGGAUGAGUCGGCACAGAAACAGGAUUACUUUUAUGUAUGUAAGUUUUUAAAUAUGAAGUCAACAUAAGCUUAGUGGGACAAAUGUAAAGGGGUAUAUGUAUAAAAAUUGCAAGAAAAAGUUAUUCGAAGUUGUGGAGAAUAAAACAUAAAGGAAAGCGAUAUAAAAUCCAUUACCGGGGGAAAGAAAUGAGAGGAGAGCAUAAAUGACAAAGCGGAGUGAGCGAGCGAGUGAUGCAGGAAAAUGGAGAGGGUAUAAAACUGGAAAGCAGAAGGAAGGUGCGAUUGCUGAGAGAGUGGUGGGGGACCCUCAGGAGGCUAAAAGCUUCCAAAGAGGAAGCCUUUCUCCGCACCUACAAAUACCCCCCCUCCUCCCCUCCUCGCUCCUUAGCGGCCUUGCGUGACUCCCUCUUCUUGGAAGCACAAACCAACCCGUCGAAUCCCUCCCCUAACUCCGUUGUGUUCUCUGCCUCCCGGACCAAGGAAAGCAAGCUUUGGACUUUGCAUGUCAUCCUUAUUUGAGUGACACUCGUAAUCACUCUGCUUUCCGACCGUCCGGCCAAGGAAAGAUGUCGGUGGCUGUCAUUCAAAGCUCGCCCGCAAGCUUCAACUUGGGCCACCGCAACUGGCUAUCGCCAGCGGAUCGAUACCGGAGCGAAGAAGACCGUCCUCCGGCGCUUAAGGAGGGCGGCGAGGAGCCUCCCUCGCAAUUCGAUAUAUGGAGCGCGAUCCAGUCGCAGAAGACGGCCGCUGCCGCAGCUGACCAGCCGGCGACUCCUUAUGUUCAUCCCCUCGUGAGGCGCUCUUCGAGCUCGCUAAGCCAGAAGAGCCUUGAGAUAUGCACGGAGAGCCUUGGCUCGGAGACCGGCUCCGACGACUUCUUCUCCUUCAUGGACGACCUACCCUUGCUCGACGAUAAAGAGAAAGAAGAGGAGACGAAAUAUGUCCAUGAGAAGCAAGAUGCGGCAGCAGAGGCAGGCGAAGUAAUAGCAGCGGAACGCGGAGAGCGGUCUCCCCGAGGCAAGGAGCUGACAUCGGUGAACUACCAUUGCUCCAUUAGCAGGCGGUCACCUCCUAGGUCGUUCCCUCCACCGCUCCCGUCGAUUUCUCGACGCGACGGCCCCUGCUUCCACAUGCGGCCUCACCGCUGCGACGGGCGCCUCGUAGUCGAAGCCGUCCCCGUCCCUCCUCAAAACUACCUCCAUGCCCGGCGCGUCGACGGCCGCCUCGUGCUCUCCUUCAUCGAUACCAUUUACGGAGACGAGCCGGGUUACGAGUCCGAUGCCUCUGACGCUGCCGCUGAAAUCACACAAACAUUAACAGAAGAAGACGUCGAGAAAGAAAAAGAAGAAGCUACAGAAAGCGAAUCAAUGGGAAUAACACAGUUAGGAGUGAAAGAAGAAGAAGAAGAAGAAGAAGAAGAAGAAGAACUAGAAGGAAACAACCGUUAUGGUGGAGAGGAAGAAGAAUUAGAGGAAAAUAACUGCUACGAAGAAGAGGAAGUGGAAGUCGUCGACAGGGGAACCGUCGUCGAGGUAAAGGUGAGCACGCAACCGCAGCAACAGAGCGGUGCCAUGAAGGUUCACCGGUCUUCGCUCGUCAUCAACAAGUUCGUCGGAGAUAUGCCGCUGAGUGGCAUGGCCGAACACGAGCCAUCCGCGCAGGAGGAGGACAACACAAGCAGCCAAAACAAGCACAACCACACUGUUUCAUCGGCACCGGCAGCCAGGCGGGCGUCAUCGAUAACCACCACUGCAGCGGCUGCAGUAGUGGCGGCAUCCACGCUCGGUGUCAGCACAGAGAGCCACCACGAUCACGGCUACGCCAGGACAUGGACAGCGGUCGGCGGUCAUCGCCCUCCGCUCGACAACAAGCUGCUCUUCACAUCGAAGCGGCGGAACCGCGAAGAGUUGCUGCACAACAUGAGGAGGUGCAGCCAGCUGCGCAGGCCAUUGUUCAUAUGGGAGCCCUACUGCAUUGCCACUUCCUCCUGAGACUCGAGACAGUCUCUCGAGGAUCCACCUUCAUCCUUAAUAGCCCAAGAUCGCUGCUGCGGCUGCUGCUACUAUUCAGGCUACCAAGUAUCAGCAUCGCAUGACAAAGAAAGACUCACUGUUUGGUUUCCUCUGCAUUGUAUUGUGGUCAUUCUUCUACUGUUAUUAUUAAUUUUUUUGGAACGACCAACGUCCCUUUUUUCCAACCAGUGAUUGGAUUUGAUUUCUAUAAUGAAAGAUUUGGGAUCUUUAUGAUUA